AUGUUUCGUCCUAGUUCAAUCCGUUGCCAGCGAAUGAUGCAAAGCCGCAUCCAUCAGAUGGCAUCACAUAUCACCAGUGAAGGCGCCAAGCCUGCGUCGGGGUUUACAAUAGCUUCUAUUCCAAAGCUAAGCACAUUUACAUCUAAACUUCCUCCUGAUCCUGCAUUUGAGACUCCCGCUUCAUCACACAAUGCGCCGCGAGAAUCACUGGGACCGCGCCUUGUAAAGGGGGCUAUGUACACUUAUGUGCGUCCCGAACCUAGCGAAGAGCCAGAGCUUCUGAGUGUCAGUCCGAAAGCGAUGGAAGAUCUCGGACUUCAGACCGGAGAAGAGAAAUCAGCCGAUUUUCGCGGCCUGGUAGCAGGGAACAAGAUAUUCUGGAGCGAGGAAGAGGGAGGCGUUUAUCCAUGGGCACAAUGCUAUGGAGGUAUGCUAGUUCUAAUAAUGUGUAGCGGUUCUUGGGCAGGACAGCUCGGAGAUGGACGCGCUAUCAGUCUCUUUGAGUUGAUAAAUCCAGCCACAGGCAUUCGCUAUGAACUGCAACUUAAAGGCGCCGGACGAACUCCUUACUCUCGGUUUGCGGAUGGCAAAGCUGUUCUACGAUCAAGCAUUCGUGAAUAUGUGGUGUCUGAAGCUUUAAAUGCUCUCGGAAUACCAACCACAAGAGCACUCUCGCUCACGUUACUCCCCCAUUCCAAGGUCCUUCGAGAAAGAACCGAACCUGGAGCUAUAGUUGCAAGAUUUGCCGAAAGUUGGCUUAGAAUCGGAUCGUUCGACAUCUUACACUCCCGUAACGAUCGAAACUUGAUUAGAAAAUUGGCAACUUUUGUUGCUGAAGACGUCUUUCCCGGAUGGGAAUCCCUCCCCUCGGUGGUCCGCUUGCCAAAGGAUGGUGGCUCUACCGACGAUGUCAACAACCCGGCGCGAGGAGUGAAGUUUUCUGAGAUCCAAGGUGAAGCUGGACAAGAAGAAAAUCGGUUCACCAGACUUUAUAGAGAAAUCGUUCGUAGGAAUGCGAAGACGGUUGCUGCCUGGCAAGCCUACGGUUUUAUGAAUGGUGUUCUCAACACUGACAAUACUUCUAUAUAUGGCCUAUCUUUGGAUUACGGCCCGUUCGCCUUCAUGGACAACUUCGAUCCCUCGUACACCCCAAACCAUGAUGAUCAUUUUCUGAGAUAUUCGUAUAAGAACCAGGCUUCCAUUAUCUGGUGGAAUCUCGUACGAUUGGGCGAAUCAUUUGGCGAGCUCAUCGGUGCAGCGGACAAGGUAGACGACGAAACAUUUAUUGAGAAAGGGGUUACCGAAGAAUUUGGAAAGGUACUCGUCGAGCGAGCGGAGACGCUCAUCGGCCGUGUUGGCGAAGAGUACAAAGCUGUUUUUUUCAACGAAUAUAAGCGGCUAAUGGGUCAAAGACUAGGCCUAUUGACAUCAAAAGAGUCUGACUUUGAAAAGCUGUUCUCCGAUUUGCUCGACACAAUGGAGAAUCUGGAACUUGAUUAUAAUCGCUUCUUCAGGAGACUGUCGGAAAUCGAAAUCGAAACAAUUGAAACAGAAGAGCAAAGACUGGAUGUUGCUCGUACUUUCUUCCACCACGAAGGAGUCAGCGGCAUCGGCAAUACAGAAGAAAGUGCUAAGAAACGUAUUGCGGAAUGGAUCGUGGCCUGGAGAUCUAGAAUCCUUGAAGAUUGGGAGGGUAAGAGUCAUGAAAACCGGCAGAGCAUGAUGAAGGCAGUGAACCCAAAGUUCCUUCCACGAUCGUGGAUUCUAGACGAAAUUAUUGAACGGAUGGAAAAAAAAGGGGAUCGGGAGAUCCUCGAUCGAGUCAUGACUAUGGCCCUCGACCCGUUCAAGGACAACUGGGGCUUGGAUAGAGAAGAAGAGGAACGAUUUUGCGGAGAUGUGCCGCGAUAUAAACGGGCAAUGAUGUGCAGCUGCAGUUCUUAA